GCGCGCCGCCAUAUUGGGAAGCGCCACCGCCGCCGCCGCCUCCGCUCGGGCUCCUGGGCUGUGUUGGGGGCCACAGCCGCGGGCUGAAGGCUCCCUUGUGUACCCUAUCGACGCCCGGCCCGCCGGCUUCGCCCAGCUCCGGCUCCUCAUGACCGCCUUCGGCCCCGCAGCCCACGGACAUCGCCCCAGCUCCAAGAAUUAACACGGAAGCUCCCGGGGCCGGAGCCGUGAGGGAGAGCCGGCCGGUCCCGCGUCCCUGUCGGUCCGGCGCGGCUCUUGUGCGGGAGCCAUGACCUCGCUGACCCAGCGGAGCUCGGGCCUGGUGCAGCGGCGCACCGAGGCCUCCCGGAACGCUGCCGACAAGGAGCGGGCGGCGGGAGGCGGCGGCGGCAGCGGCGAGGACGAGGCGCAGAGCCGCCGCGACGAGCAGGACGACGACGACAAGGGCGACUCCAAGGAAACGCGGCUGACCCUGAUGGAGGAGGUGCUCCUGCUGGGCCUCAAGGACCGAGAGGGUUACACAUCAUUUUGGAAUGACUGUAUAUCAUCUGGAUUACGUGGCUGUAUGUUAAUUGAAUUAGCUUUGAGAGGAAGGUUACAGUUAGAGGCUUGUGGAAUGAGAAGAAAAAGUCUUUUGACAAGAAAGGUGAUUUGUAAAUCGGAUGCUCCAACAGGGGAUGUUCUUCUUGAUGAAGCUCUAAAGCAUGUUAAGGAGACUCAGCCUCCAGAGACAGUCCAGAACUGGAUUGAGUUACUUAGUGGAGAGAACAGAUACUGAAUAAAAUGGAUAUUCUUUCUUCAAGCUCUCAUGUUUGUUUGUUUGUUUGUUUUGAGUCACUACGUGGCCCUGACUGAACUCCAACUCAGACCUACCUGCCUUUUCCUUCUAGGUGCUGGAAUUAAAGACCUGCACCACCGUGCCUGUCUUCAGUCAUACCUUAUCUAAAUUAAUUGAUACCG